AUGGAGAACGACGAAAAUGAUGUACACAUGAUAGACAUUCCUAGCACACUAUCCUCCAGAACCAACAACUCGAAUUUCAGUAAUGGCUACAGCACUAUGUCGCGCCCCAGAAACCCAGAAUCGUCGCCGAUGGGUUCAACCUCAGUCAACGGCUUUUUGGGAACACAAACAGCCUCGAUCCCGUUCAGUGAUGAUGUGCUGGGCCUGAGCGCACCAAAGCAAGCUCAAGACGCCUCUCGAGAGGCAUCAAUUCUGGCGCAAAACACGUCAAAUCUCUCGAUAGAGAACAUGAAGCCAGCUCAGGAACAGUUCGAGCUGUUUCUAUCUGAUCUUGAGCAAGAACAAAUGGAAGAGCAUGAGCCACCUGCUCCUUUCCUCGCAGAACUUCCGACGGGCUAUUGCUAUGAUGUUCGCAUGCGCUAUCACUGCGAGCUUGAGCCCCCUAAAGACCGGCGAGACUAUCAUCCUGAGGAUCCGAGGCGGAUCUUUGCUAUUUACAAAGAACUCUGUGUCGCAGGCCUCAUAGACGACAAUUUCCUGAGUCAAGGAGCAUUGGUGCCGAAGCCCUUAAGGCGGAUCGAUGUAAGACAGGCCGCCGAGAGCGAGAUCGAGCUAGUACAUGAUCAGAAGCAUUGGGAGAUGAUGAAAUUGACGACCAAACAGGACGCGCAGACACUAAUUGAGUACGGGUACAAUCUAGACUCUGUCUACCUAAAUGGAAUCACCUUCGAGUGCGCCAAGCUUUCCGCUGGAGGAGCUAUAGAAACAGCGAGAGCAGUCGCGUGUGGUCUAGUAAAGAAUGCCAUCGCAAUCAUAAGGCCGCCGGGUCACCAUGCAGAGUGCAAUCGUCCGAUGGGUUUCUGCAUAUUCGAUAAUGUUUCCAUUGCGACGAAAGUCUGCCAUGCUGACUUUCCAGACAUGGUUCGAAAAACCCUCAUAUUAGAUUGGGACGUCCACCAUGGCAACGGUAUUCAACAGGCUUUCUACCAAGACCCGAAUGUCCUCUAUAUAUCGAUUCACGUGCAUGAAGACGGUACUUUCUAUCCAGCCGGACCCGGUGGUGAUCAUCUACACUGCGGCGCUGGGCCUGGCCUCGGCAAAAACAUCAACAUACCGUGGCCUACGAAAGGCAUGGCGGACGCUGAUUACAUCUACGCCUUCCAACAGAUCGUCAUGCCAGUCGCGUACGAAUUCGAUCCAGAUCUAGUGAUGAUUGCCGCUGGCUUUGAUGCUGCAGAUGGCGAUCAGCUCGGCGGAUGUUUCGUUACGCCAGCAUGCUACGCUCAUAUGACACAUAUGCUAAAAAGCCUUGCGGGUGGGAAGGUGGUCGUAAGCCUCGAGGGCGGAUAUAAUCUGCGGUCCAUAGCACGCUCUGCCCUGGCAGUGACGCGAACCCUGAACGGAGAGACGCCACCGCGUCUGGAGGAUCGCCAGGCAGCUACAAGCGCUAUCACGAUAGUACAGAAAGUCCGCACGCAACAGUCUCGCUACUGGUCGUGCUUGUACCCCAAGCAGGUGGAACAAGGCUCUCUCGCAGUUGUUGGCGGGGAGCGAAUGCAUGAUGUCUUACGAGGCUAUCAAGCAGCGCAAAUGAAAGAGAAGCUAGGAAUGAUAAACUUGAGAGUGCUUCGUGAGAAAUUGUCGAGCUCUUUUGAGAACGAGCUCUUGGCAACACCAAAUUUCGAGGAGGACAUUCCAUUAGUGAUCAUUUUCCACGAUCCCCCGGACUUAACAAGCAACAAGAGCGGGCUCGAUGGGCAGCUUGAACUUCGUAGCACCUUCCUGACUGAUAGCUGCAAGCAUUACACAAGCUGGAGUGCAGACCAAGGAUAUGGUGUCAUUGACGUGAACAUUCCUUCCUUUCUGACAGAUCUAGAAGCCGAGGGCUCUGAUGAUGAAGUCUACAAGCGCGUUGGAGCUACGCAGGAGCUUGCUACAUACAUAUGGGACAAUUACAUUGAGCCUAACGAUCACCCACAAGUGUUUUUCAUCGGCAUUGGCGCUGCAUACCAGGGAAUCAUGUAUCUACUGAAUACUCGCGAAAACUUCCACACCCUAGUAACAGGCAUGAUCAACUUCAUCCCCUCCGCGCCCGCGGGCUCCGAGCCUAGCACAAACGGCACCCAGAACGCCAUCAUCCCUGCAUCAGACCAAUCCGUCUUUCAUCUUUCGAAAUGGUAUCGUGCCAACUCUCUCAAUUUUGUGGGGAACACGCACUUGGUGUGGAGUCCGGAUCGGAUCAGAAAGCCGAGAUAUGUUGGUGGAGCAUCGGAGGGAGGUGGAGGAUUGGAUUAG